CGUAGCCGCCCAAACAAAAUCGCAUAACCGAUAAUCGUCAAAUCGCAUUGAGAAGAUAAGAUAAACGAGCUUAACCCAGCGCGUUAAGUUGGCGUCAAAAUUCCUUCUCCUAUGACCUCCUAUUUCCCUCCAUCAACUCUUAAAAAUGAGCCAUUUUAUCGAAAAAGUGAAUUCAUAAAUUAAAGAAAAAGUGCCUUCGUGUUAUUUUAAUUUCCGUCAAUUAUAGUCAAUCAUGUGCACGUAUAACCCACUGACUCCAACAUCAAAAACAUUAUCUUCUGUGUUUAUGGCUUCUUUAUGUCUUGACAUAGUGGCGGAGCAAGCUAGACGGAAAACAGGUGUCUUUUGGCAGAUCUGACAUUAUGUGAUAGUUGUUACUAUGGCGACUUACUUGUUACCUCGGUACAAACGGACAGAGUUCGACGAAGAGGAGACGAGUAGCAUGGCCAGCAUGGCAGUGGAUGCCCCCAUGGUGACUAGCGCGUCCAGUGGCACUACAGGACUUCAGGUGAGGUAUUCACCAGGCCGAAAACGCAACUUCUGGGAGCGGGCCUCUCCACUAGAGAAAGUUCUGAUGCUAUGCGUCCUGUUCCUUGUCCUGCUAGUCGCCAUCCUCUCCAUUGUCUUGGACACUUACAUUACAGCGCAAACUGUGAAAGUCGUCCACAUAUCUGCAGUGAAUGGAUCUACGAGCAUCACAAAGUCAAAUGCGACGGAGUACUGCGUCACACCUGCGUGUGUAACGGUGGCUGCCGCCAUCUUGAACGCCAUGGACCAUACCGCCGAGCCAUGUACAGACUUUUAUCAGUAUUCGUGUGGCGGCUGGAUUAAAUCGAACCCUCUUCCAGAUGAGAAGUCGAUCUGGGGAACGUUCGGAAAACUCUGGCAAGAAAAUCAAAUAGUUAUGAAGAACGUGCUAGAGGAUGACAGUUUUGAGCUUAAAAGUGAGGCAGAAAAGAAAGCACGAACAUAUUAUACUUCUUGUUUGGACAAGAACGAAACAGUCGACAAACUUGGACCUAAACCUAUGCUCGAUCUGCUAAAUAAGGUAGGAGGUUGGAACAUCAGUGGAGAUUUCAACAUCAGUCAGUGGAAUUUCCAACGAACUUUGGAAAUUAUUCACAAUGAGUACAACCGGGGAGGAUUGUUCUCUUGGGGAGUUGGAGAAGACGAACGUAAUUCCACAAGGUACAUCCUCCAACUGGACCAAGGUGGACUCGGACUCCCAACCAGGGAUUAUUAUCUGAAUAAAAGCAAAGAUGAUGAAGUGCUGGUUGCUUACUUAUCUUACAUGACAAAAGUUGGAGUUCUUCUUGGCGGAGAAGAAAAUGCUACCCGGGCCCAGAUGGAAGAUGUAAUAGAAUUCGAAACGAAAUUGGCCAACAUAACUAUCCCUGCUGAAGAAAGACGGGAUGACGAAGAGCUUUACCACAAAAAGACGAUCAGCGAGCUACGUGAACUAGCACCUGUCAUUGACUGGACGCAGUAUUUCAACUCGGCUUUUAAACUUAUUGGACGCGAAAUCUCACCGACGCAAGAGCUAGUCAUUUACGCUCCAGAGUUCAUACGCAAGAUGUCAGAGCUCGUAACUCAGUACUUGUCCUCUCCAGAAGGCAAAAUAGUUAUCAGUAAUUACCUAGGAUGGACGUUGGUUCAAGGAUUAACGAGUUGCCUGUCAAAAUCGUUUCGCGAAGCUUAUAAAGUGCUCAGGAAAGCUCUAGUUGGUUCCGAAGGAGGAGAAAGCCCUUGGAGAUACUGCGUGUCUGAUACGAAUGGAGUGAUCGGAUUUGCUCUUGGAGCCAUGUUUGUCAGAGAAGUCUUCCGGGGAACAAGUAAACCGAUGGCAGAAACCAUGAUCAAUGAAAUAAGAGAUGCUUUUAAAGAAAAUUUACCCCUCUUGAAAUGGAUGGAUCCAGAAACUAGAAAACUCGCUAAAGAAAAGGCUGAUGCUAUUACUGAUAUGAUUGGAUUUCCUGAAUUUAUUUUGGAUCCGAAAAAAUUGGACAAGAAAUACGAAGGACUGGAGUUUUCUGAAGACACAUACUUUCAAAACAACAUAAAAGUGGACCAGUACUCUCUUUUAAUAAACAUGAAAAAGCUAGACAAACCGAGCAAUCGCAGCGAGUGGAAAAUGACUCCUCCCACGGUAAACGCAUAUUAUACACCAACAAAAAACCAGAUCGUGUUUCCUGCUGGAAUUUUACAAGCACCUUUUUAUGAUCCUAACUACCCGAAGUCACUUAACUUCGGAGCUAUGGGUGUCGUCAUGGGCCAUGAAUUAACUCAUGCAUUUGAUGACCAAGGUAGAGAAUACGACAGAUUCGGCAAUCUUCAUCAGUGGUGGAAAAAUUCGACUAUCGAAAGUUUCCGGGAAAGAGCCCAAUGUUUUGUUGACCAAUACUCUUCAUUUGAGAUCAAUACAGAAAAUCUAAACGGCAAGCAAACUUUGGGCGAAAACAUUGCCGACAAUGGAGGCCUGAAAGCAGCGUUUCAUGCUUAUCAAGAUUGGGCAAAAACGCAUGCUGUAGAACUACCUCUACCUGGAGUACCGCUCACAAAUAACCAGCUGUUCUUCAUUGGCUUUGCACAAGUUUGGUGUUCAACGAGCACUCCAGAGGCCAUGCAUUUACAAAUACUUAAUGAUUCGCACAGUCCCGCCAAAUUCAGAGUCAUUGGAACAUUAUCGAAUUCAGAGGAUUUCGCUCGAGAGUUCAAAUGUCCUGCCAAAAGUGCCAUGAAUCCUAAAAAGAAAUGCGAAGUUUGGUGAAUUACUUCCAAGUGAUAACGAAGCAUUUGUUUGAAAGCUUCAAGAAGAAAGAACAAUUUUCAUUUCCUGCCAAGCUCUCGUUUCAUUUAAAACAUUAUUGUUUGAAGUUUUUUCUUCUGGCAACUAAUUAGUAACUGACCAAACUCAAAAAAAAAAGAGCCUACAAAUUUAUUUUCUUGCACUGGAAAACUCUUUUGUCUCCUCUAUUCUUUAUUGCAGUUUUUAAAUUUUCAAGCUGAGAAGAUUUUAUGUGUAUGUAAUACAGAAAUGUUGGAAUAUAGAGGAUUUUUUAAAAGGUUUUAAACUUGAGAUAGAGUUUGUGAUUAAGGAAUAUUUUCAAAGAGAGAUGAUGAUGAAGAAGAAAGUUGUUUUAAACUAUGACCCUUUGCCAAAGAAGUCAAUGUGUCCAUUCUUGACCAAUCAAAAGAGAAGUAUUAUUUCUGUACGUGCCAUUGAAUCCUAUGUACGGAUAUACUCAUUCUCAAGAGGAUACUGUACAUUAGAACCUCUUUAAUCCGAACUAUUUGGGACCAGGCAGUGUUCGGACAAUCAAAUUGUUCGGAUUACAGGAUGUCAUAUUAUCAAGUCGUUCGGAUUACAGGAUUUUUUGCUUUUCAAGUGUUCUGUGCACAACAACUAGAAAGCGGCUGGAUUAUAAGUGUUGGACAUUUUUAAGAGUAAGGAUUAAAUAUUGUGAAUUGCAUCCAACUCACUGUCCCAGAUAAAGCUUUCAGAAGUAAUUUAUGUUUUGAAAAUAUUUUUACUAAAUUUAAUUCUGUCGGUAAUUUUAAACUUUACGAACAUUCAUUCUCGCGAUUUAGAUAAAUGUUCAAUUUGGCAUUGUAUGAUUUUAAAUCCAGAGGUUUGAACUUUUUAAAAGUUUAAUUUGUUUUAAUUGCUCCAGUCUUGUUUCUGCUUGCCUCUGCAAUUGGAUUUUUUCUGCAGUUUGAAAUAUUUUAAAACAAAUAAAAAAUAAGAAAAAUAAGAAACAAGUGUUACAAAAAAGAGAGAAAUGCUUUGCUCUGUAAUAAUGCAGUCAAAUACAGGCAUCUGUGUAGCACGUUCAAUGAUGGAAGGGCGUUUACUUCAAACGCUGUCCCUGAGUAGUUCGCUAAGUUAAUUUUAUUUCCAGUACAUAUGUAUUUCAUUCGGGUUAUUGGACGUUCGGAUUAAAGAGGUUCUGUAUUUCCUGGGGCCAUGUUAUUCAGCUGCUGUGAAGUGUACUAGUGGCUACAUACCUGUGCAACUCUAUGUCUUUUCCUGGAUUUUUUCUUGUAUUGUUUGUUACAUGUGGUGCCGUGUUACUAAAUGAGCAUAUCUCCAUCUCGCCAAUUAUUUGUUGUAGAAAUAAGUAUCGUGCUGAAUAUAAUAGAAACAUAUGCGUCAGUAUAUUUAUAUUUUUCUUGAUGAAAUAUAUUUAACCACUUGGAAAUAUAUUUUGUAUACGUCUAAAUUUCGUUUUAUUCUCUUGAAGUUUAAAAAAGAACUGUUAGUCGUAAUCUUACUAUAAAUUUUUGAGUUUUUAAUUCAUUUGCUAUGUUCCCAGAUGUGCUGUAGUAUACUAGCGAUAAAUCAUUUAUUUAUGUAUAUUAUUCAUCCUAUUUAUUUUUCGACAUGUCUGUUAGCUUACUUCAACCGUGCUCUGUAGCUUUGGUUUUUCUUUAUGAAAGAUGAAUCAUUUUACCAAUUCAAUUUUAAAUAAAGAAAAAUAAUCGACUUACGAAACAAUAUCAGUAUCUAUACGAGUUGACAAAAAUCGAUUGAUUUGCAGCAAUGGCUUAGUAAGCUGACAAUAAUCUUUUUGCACCCGCUUUUAAUUUAAGUUCUCUUUAUGACUUUUCUGUUGAUUUUUUAAAUAAAACUUUAAGAAAACUAUAAAAUUUUUCUUAUUUUAUCUCAAAGAAACUUUUAUUUUUGUCCAUAUCAGUUUGAAGUCUGUUUUAAUGCACUAAAUCUGUUAAAGUUUUACGUUAAGUAAAGUUUAAGUUAUCUUCCUUAACUUAAACUAUCAAUUUUUGCUUAACAGUACAGCAUUUGUUUCGGUACUAUUUUUCUUUUAAUUAAAUUCUUCGAUGUGAGCUGAUGUCCAAAUGAGGAAGGAAAACUUUUUAUGAAGCUAAUGUAACUUUUUAUGCUGGUAUAAAUUUACGUUAAAGCGAUAACUUUAUCUUUUGACCAUUUAAAUCAAGAGUUCUCAACCUUUUGAGCUGUGUGCCCCUCUUUGAGCACUGAUGUGAGGUCCCCCCCCCCCCACUGCUACUAACAUAUGUAGUCAAUACAGGUAGUACAACCAGAAAACUGCAAUUAGGAACUGAAGCUGAUUACAGGAAAGUAAAGAUAAGUUCGUGAUAUUAGUACACUAACUUAUUUUGUGCAUACAUAUUGCUUACGUUCGACGAGCACGAUCGGUAGCUACCGGUUAGUUGAUCACUUGACAGCUAAUGAUCACGUGCUUCAAUCAACCAAUCAACAGCAUAAAUAGGUAACCGGUGCAUUAACCGGUAGAUCAUAGAACGCUGCGGUUAGUAACCGGUAAGUCACCAGUCGACCGGUUCAUUUCGUCGAACGCAACCAUUGUUGUUACAACACAUCAAACCAAAGAAAAAAGUACAUAUUUAUUUGAGGUCUUAGGAUCUAGGUACGGUUGUCAUGUAAUAUCUGUCACUUUCACACUUAGCAGUAAGUUACCGCUCCAUAAGCCAAGGGGACUUAUAUACAAAAUUAUAAGGGAGGGGGGCUCAGAUAUUUUCCCCAUGGACACUGAUUUUACUGCAGAUUAGUGUUAUUAAAAUGUGAUCUUUUUAGUAACUUCUUCAGAAACUUCUGAAGAAGAAAAAGUUUUCACAUUUUUGCAAAGAAAGAAGUACUAAAAACAAGAAAGUUCCAGUUUCUAAGGGGGAGGGCUUGAGCCCCCCCCCCCCCAUAAGCCUGAAGUAAGGCACAUGAAAUACACACACACACACAUGAAAUUUAUCAGAUAGCCUAAUUAUCACAUCCUGAGACUGCAUUUUCGUUCUUAUUAGAACUCCUCAGUCAGGAAUAGUGAAUAACCGAGCUGGAGGCAGAUGUGUGUUGAUAUCUGCUUCCAGCUCAUUGAAGCUGAGAGUGGUAACAAACUGGUAGAUCAAGUGAAUUUAUCUCACCAGCGAGUGUCCGCAGCAUGGUGCGGUUCGACUCGCGAAUUGAAGGCAAAGCUUAGGUAUUUAGCAGUAAGUUACCACCCAAUUAGCCAGGGCUAAUGCAGAAUUACAUGGGGAGGGCUGCGACUUCUCGUCCCUCAUUAGCUUUCGAAUUUUUCAUUGUGACUCCGAAAAAGCGCAUCUGAAGUUAGUUUCAAUACCUUGCUCGAAAUCUUAACAUAUUGUAUGCUACUGUCUGACCACGGAUUGUAUGGAAAGACAAACAUCCGUUUUACAGCCGGAAAUGGACAAAUCUAUUAUUUUUAGCGAUGUCAGUUUUUGCAGAAGCAGAGUCUCAUUCAAAUCAGAGGAAUACGCGCAUCAAAUUUUUACUUUUCCCUCUCAUUCAGAUAGAUUCGUCUCAUUUGGACGUUUGAAAAUUCCAUACAAUCCGUGUUUGUACAGUGAUGCUAAAAAUCCAGAUUCUCAGAGAUAUAUGUGAAUAAAAACUACACUGUAAACCUCAACAGGAAAAAAGACGCUGUCAAAAAUGUUUUACAUAUCUUCACAAAAGUUGAGCCUUAUAUUUUUUCUUUUAUUUUUUUGAACGCUCACACCCCCUUUGAAGUUCUACGCUCCCUUGGGUGUACCCCUCCACCCCAGGUUGAGAACAGCUAUUUGAAACAUUUGGAAAUUUAAAUUAAACAUAGAAAUCUAUGUAUCAAACAAAUUGAGCUGAAAAUAGGUGGAUUUUUAUGAAUGUACUUACUAUAAGUAACCAACCACAUCCACAAGCAGUUUACAGUCACCAUACAUGUCUUUCUUUUCUGUCCUUUCGUCUUCUUUAGUUAUGCGCAGUAUGAGCUUAUCCAAAUCUCUAUGAUGAUCUUGACAAUGUGCUCUAAUUCGAAGCUUUUGUACAAAAAAUAUGAUGCAGAAUGGAAAAAUCAUAAUUAGAAUAAUUUUAUAGUCAAACACAAAACAAAUUUUAUUGAAUGUAAGUAACUGUUCGUCUGAAAAGCUUUAUAUUGUACAUAUUUCAAUGUAAUAAAAUGUUUACAUGUU